GGUGUGUGUCCCCUCCAUAUCAGCGGGUGGCAGUGUGAGCAGAGAUGUACUUGUGAGAUGAGAGACAACAGCCUGAGUUUGCUCUCUGAACCUGGAAGCUGAUACAUUAUGGAGCGGCUGGUUUUGUGUGUGUUGGUGUUUGGAGUGCUGGCGAAAGCGCAGAACUGCCCAGGUCGCUGCAUAUGCCAGACCAUCUCGCCGACCCUCACCCUUCUGUGUGCCAAGACGGGCCUGCUGUUCGUGCCGCCGGGCAUCGACCGCAAGACGGUGGAGCUGCGCCUGACCGACAACUUCAUCACGGUCAUCCGGCGGCGGGACUUCGCCAACAUGACCAGCCUGGUCCACCUGACGCUGUCGCGCAACACCAUCAGCCAAAUCGCACCGCACGCCUUCUUGGGCCUCCGCGCCCUCCGCGCCCUGCACAUGGACGGCAACCGGCUGACCGCCAUCAAGAGCGAGCACCUGCGGGGCCUGGUCAACCUCCGCCACCUCAUCCUGGGCAACAACCAGAUCCACACCGUGGCGCAGACGUCCUUCGACGAGUUCGUGUCCACCAUCGAGGACCUGGACCUGUCGUACAACAACCUGCACACGCUGCCGUGGAACGCCAUCGGGCGCAUGACCAACAUCAACACGCUCUCGCUCGACCACAACCUCAUCGACUACAUCGAGGCGGGCACCUUCACCAUGCUGACCAAGCUGGUGCGCCUGGACAUGACGUCCAACCGGCUGCACAAGCUCCCGCCGGACAACCUGUUCCAGCACGCGCAGGUCAUGUCCGACCCCAAGAACUCCAACCCCACGGGCCUGGCGGUCAGCUUCGGCGGCAACCCGCUGCACUGCAACUGCGAGCUGCUCUGGCUGCGGCGGCUGACCCGCGAGGACGACCUGGAGACGUGCGCCUCGCCCGAGCACCUGAUGGACAAGUACUUCUGGUCCAUCCAGGAGGAGGAGUUCACCUGCGACCCGCCGCUCAUCACGCGCCACACCGUCUCCAACCCGUCGGUGAUGGAGGGCCAGAGCGUGGCGCUCAAGUGCAAGGCCAUGGGCGACCCGGACCCUGCCAUCCACUGGCGCUUCCCCGACGGCAAGCUGGUGCACAACAACUCGCGCACCGUCGUGCACGACAACGGCACGCUGGAGAUCCUCAUCACCACGCUCAAGGACAACGGUGCCUUCACCUGCGUGGCGUCCAACGCCGCCGGCAUGGCCACCGCCCAGGUGGACAUCAGCAUGAUCCCGCUGCCGCUCUUCGUCAACAACACGGGGCACCUGCGCGAGGGCUCGCGCCUCCGCGACAUCACCACCUCCUCCAAGUCCAACGACACCAAGAGCCAGGACCGCAGGGUGGUGGUGGCCGACGUCACCGCCUCGUCGGCGGUCAUCCGCUGGCCGUCGGAGAGACACAUCCCCAACAUACGGAUGUACCAGAUCCAGUACAACAGCACGGCGGACGACACGCUGGUCUACAGGAUGAUCCCGUCCGCUAGCAAGACGUUCCUGAUCAACGACCUGGCGGCGGGCCGGGAGUACGACCUGUGCGUGCUGGCCGUCUACGACGACGGCAUCACGCUGCUGACCGCCACGCGCGUGGUGGGCUGCGUCCAGUUCCACACGGCGGCCGAGGCCAGCCAGUGCCGCUUCAUCCACAGCCAGUUCCUGGGCGGCACCAUGAUCAUCAUCAUCGGCGGCAUCAUCGUGGCGUCCGUGCUGGUCUUCAUCAUCAUCCUCAUGAUCCGCUACAAGGCCCACGGCGGGCCGGACGGCGCCAAGGCCAAGGCGUGCGGCAGCGGCGGCAGCAGCAGCAGCAACGUCCACUCGCAGACCAACGGGAGCCACCCGCAGGGUGGCGGGCGCAUGGGCCGCUCGGCCUCCAAGCAGCACGCGGCGCCCACUGAGGAGAGCCGCUUCCUGGACGGGCAGCGGCGCCAGUCGUCGUCGGACUGCAGGGCCCUGGUGCUGAAGCUGAAGAGCGACUGCCAGCUGGAGCCGGCGCCUGGCGGUGGCGGUAGCAGCGACGACUCGGCCGCGCUGGAGGUGGCGCUGCCCCCGCUGUCGGCCAUGGAGAAGACGGCCAAGGCGGCGGUGGCCGCGCUGGCCCGCCGCGCCAGCCUGGACGCCCAGGCGUCCUACGGCGCCAGCGGCGGCUUUUCGGAGGACACGGGCACCGACAGCAGCCUGACGGGCUCCACCAUGUCGCUGUGCCUCAUCGGGCCCAGCAGCGGCUGUGGCGGCGGAGGUGGCGGCGGAGGCGGGGCCAAGGACAGCCGGAAGGGCGCGCUGGCCAACAUCGGGCUCCUGCCCGGCGAGUUGGCACGGACGAGACACCGCUUCUCCUUCGACGGGGACUACGCGCUGUUCCAGAGCCACAGCUACCCGCGGCGCGCCCGGACGCGCAGGCACAAGUCGUCCAACCAGCUCAAUGUGGACUCGUCGCCGCUGGCCAACCGCAAAGUCACGUUCAGCAGCACCGAGUGGAUGCUGGAGAGCACGGUGUGA